GGAAUUGACUUUGGUGGGCAUCUAGCUAAAGCACCGUUCAUCCCUCUUAAAUCUCUUCUUCUUCUUCUUCUUCUUCUUAGAGAGAGAGAGAGAGAGAGAGAGAGAGAGAGAGACUGCAAUUUGGAGUUGAUGGGUAGAGAGGAAGACAGUGCUGAAAUGGAAAUUGAUCUUUCCCUGAAGCUAGAUUCCAAAGAUGAUGAAGCCAGAGAAGAUGAACAGUUGCAGGCAGAUGAUCCACAACAAAAGCAAGAAGAAGAUGAUGAUAAUGAUGGUGAAGAAGAAGAAGAGGAAGAAGAAGAAGAAGAAGAAGAAGAUGCAUCACAAGAUACUUCUUCCCCAGAAAAUUUCAGGCCAGAAGAGCUGUCUGCGUUGCAGAUGGAUAUGAACCGGAUGAAGGAAGAGAACAAGAUGCUGAGGAAGGCCAUAGACCAAACCAUGAAGAAUUACUACGAUUUGCAGAUGAAGUUCGAUGUAAUCCAACGAAAUAAUACCCAAAAGAAGGAUCACAGCACGUUCCUCUCUCUCAGCAACGGAAACGGCGCCGCCUUUCACGAGCUGAGCUCAAGUCCAAGGCCUUUAGAUAUCAACAGUCAAACUCCAUCGUCGCCUUUACGGGAAGAAGAUAAUAGAGAGAGAGAUUUAGGAUUGUCCUUAACGCUUCAAACCAGUAGAAGUCAACAAGAUGGAGAAGGCGGCAAAGAAGAAAACAAAGAAUUAGAUGCAAAGAGGAUCGCAAGCACCGUUCAAAGCAAGCUGCCAGUGGCCAGAAAUAUCAAACCUCAUGCUCCUCCUCCACCUAACCGGAAAGCUAGGGUUUCGGUUCGAGCCAGAUGCCAAUCAGCCACUAUGAAUGAUGGUUGCCAAUGGAGAAAAUACGGUCAAAAGAUCGCGAAAGGAAACCCUUGCCCACGAGCAUACUAUCGCUGCACCGUGGCUCCCGGAUGCCCGGUUAGGAAACAGGUGCAAAGGUGCUUGGAGGACAUGUCAAUACUGAUCACAACCUAUGAAGGAACACACAAUCAUCCACUCCCAGUGGGGGCAACAGCCAUGGCAUCAACAGCUUCAGCAGCUGCAUCAUUUACCCUAGUAGAUUCAAGCAAUCCUCUGACUAAUUCAAGCUUCACCCAACAAUCCUAUAGUCCCUUUCCAAACCCCAGCUCUCACAUGAUCAUGAUGAACCCGGCCUUCUCGACUACUGUUAGAAACUUAAACCCUAAUGACCCUUCCAAAGGGAUUGUUCUUGACCUCACCAACACUACUACUGCUUAUGAUCAAACCCGUCAAAUGUUCCCGGCUACCAGUUCUUUCAACUCUCCCACAGCAGCCCAAUUAGGCCUCCUUAAUGCUGAUCUUUUCGCUAGACCUAGAGGGGUAGACGAGGCGGCCGGCUGGAAAGGGCAUCAUCAAGAUAUGAUCAACAAGUCAUUAGCCGAGAAUGUGAGUACUGCAAUUGCCUCUGAUCCUAAGCUUAGGGUUGCUGUCGCGGCUGCAAUCUCAUCGCUCAUUACCAAAGAAACCCACCCGAAUCGCCCUACGGGGCCUUCUUUAGCUCCUAAUAAGGAUGGGGAGGGUGGCAGCUCUAGCUCCAACAAUUGGGUUCUUGAGUCCCUUUCUUCAAGGCAUUCGCCUUGAAGCAAACAACCUUAAUCUACAUAUCAAUCACUUUUGAUCCAUACAAAUAGAUUAAUUUUAUGAUCUCCUUGUUCUAAUUUUAUAUUUUCUCCGGAUUUUUCUUUGCUUUGCAUGGUCAUGAUCGAUCUUUCCUCUCAUGAAUUUGAUCAACUCCAGCGGGUUGCUAACAAACACACAAACAGUACUAAUGUCGAAAUUGACAUUAAUUGUUUGGUUUUCCUAUGUACUAUGUAUUUAGUUGAGUACUUCUGUGUGCUGUGAUUUCAUGGGAGUUCUUGAAUCUUGGAACAGUACACGACAACUUAGAACUUGGAAUGUUUAUAU